AUGCAGACUUCUAUAUCCGCAGAAGAGUUUGCCCGCUUCCAGAACCAGCUUCUAGACCUCCGCCAAGCCAAGUACUUUGCGGAAGAAAAUCUCACUCGCGCUCAAAAGAAAACAGAAUCCCUUGAGGCCGCAUUGGCUCAUCAAUCUGGUGAAUUAGCCGAAUUACGCAGUCGCUUCUCUCUUAUUCAGCAUGCUGGAGAUAUUGAGGCCCUGGCUAAAGAAAAUCACUGCCUUCGGCAACGUCUCUUGAACGUUGAAUCCUCAUUCCAACUCCAGUCCUCCACUCUACGAGCUGAGUGUGAAAGACUUCAAGCAGAGAAUAACCUUUUAAAACAAGAUUCUCGCGUUGCUUCCUCGUAUUCUACUUCCCAUCUUGAAGUUCAAACUGAAUUGAUCUCUCUCAUUUCCACAGCUAGUCAAACUUAUACAGUUGGUCGUGCCUCUGCAGAAAUUCAAACAGAAAUUACUUCGAGCAAUUUGAAGGAAUGGUUUACCAAAGCUGAAGAACUAGAUAACCUCUCUGCACUUCUUGAGGCUGAGCGAAAGACAUCAGAAGACCUUCUUAGGGACGUUGCCCGACGAGAAAUCGAAAUAGAAAGACUAGAAGGUGAGCUUGAAGUAUUGAGGGGUGAGUUGACUGUGGCAGAAAAGCGUAGUGAAAGUGUUCGGAGGGAACUGCAGAGGCAACUAGCAUCUGCAGUGAAGGCUGCUAAAAGAGCGUCUACAUGUGAGAAUGCCCCUUCGCUUUCAAGUCUGGUUAUGGUUCCGAAUGGCGCCAACUUGGAUGGAAUAUCGGUGGACUCAUUUAGUUUUUGUCAAAUGCAAACAGGAAAUGAUUCCGGGGGAGGUGAAGGCUCAGAGACAUCGUCAAGUUCUCAGGCUCAUCAACAAGCACUACAACAGACAAUGUUCACAGAAGAUGAUUUGAAGGGUCUAUUGGCUCGUUUAUCGGAAGUUCAAGAGGAGAAUUGUAGUCUUCGACAUCAGUUGAGCAAGCUUACACUUGAACUGGAUGCAAAAUCUAAGAUCAUUCAACGAUCAAUUAAUGCCAAAUUCACACCCAACAGCCUUCCACCUCAGUCCCAUUCCUCAUGUAGGGCAUCUUGCCCAGAAUCGCAUUCGAAUGCGAGGAUACAGACUUCUUCCACUACCACAGGCUCAAAUCCAAUGCGUCUUGCAUCUGAUAUGAUUUCCACUCUUCGUUCAAAAAUUAAGAAUAUGGAGACAUUUUCAUCAACAUCUCUCAAUACUGAUGAGCUUAAGGGUCUUAAGCGACUCUGCGAGGAGCUGAUGACAAGAAACAUAUAUCUGGAACGGGCACUUGAAGGUGCUGUUGCUGGCGCUCGCACUGAAAUGGAGGAUUAA